AUGGCUGGAAAGACGUGCAGCACCGCCCACCACACCGAUCGAAUGGCGGGGCGGGCGGAGCACCAGCCUGGGCACGAGGAUUCGGACUUAGGUGGUGGGGAUGAGGCGAGAGGAAAGGCGGCUUAUGUCCCUCGAGGGCGUUCACCGCGUCCGAUUUACUGUGUUCUGGUUGAUGGGGUGAAUGUUCCUGCUCGCCCUCGUCGUUACAUUCCGACAAGAGGGCGGCAUCGGCCCAUGAACCACGAGCUUCGGCCUGGGGAUCGACGAGGAAGUCAGCCAAACAUUGUUGAAGGUCUUCACGCCUUUUUGAGGUCGACUUCAGCAGCAUCGGCUCUCAUAUCCUGCAGUACUAGGCAGCAGACGCCAGCAACGGGUAUUUGGGUUGCAAUUGCCGGCGGGUAUCAGAGAGAGUGGUUCAAAUUACGACUCGAUGUUCAAGGGCGAGCGUACACAGCGUUGUGUUCACCCCCGUAUUCUUCGUCGUCAACGCUCGCUGCCUCCUUUGUCUCCGCUGUUGAUGAAAGCGCCGACGCUGGGUGGUUGGAGGGCGGCAGCGCGAAAUUUGAGCCUUCGAACACGGGGGCGACUUUAUUGGUAAACAGAGAGGAGGGGGCGGGAGUUCGUAGAGGCGACCACGAGCACAAAAAUGUUGCUGCGGUCGGCGACGGCAUUAGCAAGACAUUGUCGCGCAUCAGAAAUAGUGACUCCGUUCAGGUGGCAGGGAAAGGCGAAGAGUCUGCAAAUAUUCGAAUAAUCGCAGGUAACUCGAUUUCAAGCGAAUUUGAGGGAAAGUGCCUGGCUACGUCUCAUAUGCCAGGGCAUGACGCCUAUUCGUCUCUCCUGCUUUGCUUCGGAGUGCCGGGUUCUUCGCGUCUUCUGAAGACUGAUAUUCUAGGUGACGAUGUUCGCAUUGUUCGCAUUCCCGGCGUUUGGUUCAACUCCUUUGAACAGUUAUAG